AUGGCCGAAACGGAAACCUACAACCCUUUCGACUCCCGUCAGCCCUCCUCCGAUGGCGGCCUCUUCAACGCCCCCCGCGCUCCCCCUCCCAAGACCUACAAACGCAAUCGACCUGCCGAGCUAGUAGAUGAUGUCUCGUCCGCCAUGACAUCGUCCGAUGGUCCCGGGCCGACCGUACGCACUCCUGCUGCUUCGCCGGCGAAAGCACUGCUCAUUGGCUUUCAAAGCGGGAGCUCAGCUUUCUUGGAUCAUGUACGCAGGCUACAGCCAGAUGCUGAGUCCGAGCCGACUCCGGAUGAGUUGGCGAGCUUCAUAAAGCUCCAAAAGGCCAAGCGCGCAGCGGUGCCAGCUAGGCUCGGUGUACAGCUUGCAAUGCCUCCCUCCUCGUCUUCCCUCAGCUCCGUCCCCGACUCUGUCCCCGACACAGCCACCCACGCUGUCACCUCGCCCCUCACCUCCCUCCCUGCCACAUCGUCGCAAGCGGCACGCGUCUCGGCCUCCGGUCUUCCAUCACCGCUUCCACUGUCGCCUCCGCGACCCGCGGAGUCCUCCUUAUCUCUGCCGCCAUCGUCGCCCCCGAAGGUCGCACCGGCGCGUAUAGGUCCAGCUUCAUCCCCUUCACGUCUUCCCGAACGAGCUCAAUCCCCACCCGCGUCUCCCGUCGUUCCUGAUGUAACCAUUUCGCCGCGGUUCUCUCCUCUUGACGACGAGGAUGAGACGUUUCCGGUGCGGAAGACUCGGACGGUCAAAGCUUCGACUCGUCGGGCACAUAUCACCACAUCGGACGAGGAAGACUCGACCCCGCGACCUCCAUCCCCUUCAUCCCCUACCCCCUCUCCUCGCAAAUCCGUCCGUGCCAAGGGCAAGUUCCCUGGAUUUCCUUCUGCGCAUUCUCGCUCGGCGAGUCCAGCCUCGGAUGCGGUAUCUCCAACCGGGAAGCCUGGAACUGCCAUACCCCCUCCUCGGCGAUCCCACAUCACAUUUUCCGACGAUGAGGAUGAGCCUCGUCGAUCAUCCCCAUCGCCAACGCCUCGCCGGCCCGCACCGACCAAGUCCAUUGGUCGUCGUCCUCCCACGCCGAGAUCGCGCUCGGCGAGCCCAGCAUCGGACGCGGGGAGCUCGACGCGGCAGGUAGCUGCGCUUGCCAGAUCAGAGGAUGAGGAGGAACCAGCGCCUCAUGCCAAGAGCGACGCUUUCUUCGAGGCUCUAUAUGACGAGGAUCAGGCGGACAUGGCGAAGGAAAGAGCGCGCAGCACGGAAUCUGCAGAAAGUAUCAAGGAUGGGGGGAGCAUGUCACCCGUCAAGAGGCCAAAGCAGAUCAAGGCUCCUAGCAAGAAGGAGACAGAGUUGACCAAGCGGGAGAUGGAGGCUGCUCAACGAUCACGCAACGCCUCCUUCAAACACAUCGCCGCGGUACCAUUGAACCCCUGGGAUUGGCUGCAGGCCGCUGCCAACGUCGUCAAAGGCAAACCCAGGGCAGACCCGCCGUCCCGACCGAGGGCAUCACUCAAGUCGUCGUUCAGCCGAGAGAAGACACCCGAACAGGUCGAGGAGAUUACCACGUUCCCCUCAUCUCGCGAUACGCAAGGUCCGGAGUCUACCGCCGUUGAUCGGCAGCCACUCAUACCCGUGGUCAAGCAUGCGCUGCAGUUUGCCGGGUCUGCCCGACUCGAUGCGCGCGAGACCAGGGACGAAGAGCCGAUGGAGGUGGACGCCCCGGAUGCGACGCUGGUCGCGGCGAAGCGAUACAUGUUGGAGGCUUCGGAUGAUGAAGAGCCGGAGGUGGAGAAGAGUAACGCGGAUGUGAUCAGGGAGAUGGAGUUGGAGAGGGAGGCAGCAAAGGAGGAGGGGAGGAGGAAGAAUGAAGCUGAGGCGGAGGCAAAGAGGAAGGCGGAGGUCAAAGCGCGACGACAGGCGGAGACGGCGAGGAGGAAGGCGGACGCACUCGCCCAGCAGAAGGCCAGAGUUCCCGCUCAAAAGGACUCUGAUGAGGAAGAUGACUUCAUCAUACAGCCCUUCAAGCCGCAAGCGACUGCGCAGGCCGUCAAGCGUCAUGCUGGUCCCGACGCCAAGGCAGUCAACAAUCGCGAUCCCAAAUCGGUCCCCGCCAACACCAAGAACCGCAUGCGGAUCUUGUCCAUGGCGGGCAAGUCGCACCGCUCGAAAGCGGACGACGCGUCCGACACGUAUGUCGAUUAUGCGGCCAAGUUCGGUCAUCAGAAUCUUCGGAGUCAGAAUGCCGGGUCGAAGCCGGCUGGGAAGAAGGCGGGUCGGGAUCGGCCUCUCGGGCAGAAUGAGCUGGACGCCAUGCUCGCUCGGAAACAUACCGCCCAGGCGCAGACGGUACGGGCCAAGAAGGAGCAGGAUUAUGGUCGGACCAAGACGCUGCCUGGUAAGGUCGAGGUGAACUAUGAGGAGCUGGCAGAGGCCAAUAGGAAGCGGGCGGAGUUGCAGGACGUGGAAGAUGAGGACGAGGAUCCGGAGGAUGGUGACUUUGCACUUAGCGGGGAGGAGGAUGACGAGGCGGGUAGCGGGGAUGAAGGAGCCGAAGCGCCUGAAGGCGAUGACGCGAUGGAGGUGGACGAGCCCGUCACGGCCACCUCGCCAGUCCCUGCCGAAGUUGACGAGGAGACAUUCUCGCCCGUCAAGAUCCGGAAACCUCGCCGUCACCCCGCCCGAGUCGCCUUCGCUUCGGAUGAUGAGGAGGAGCCGUACAAGAUGGCUAUUCCUGCGUCCGAUCCGGUCGUCGUGCCUGUUGGAGAGCUCGGUCCGAGCCAGAUCGCCGCUCAUGGCUUUGGAGUCGAGCUGGAUUUGGCUGGCUUUGGUGGGGACGACGAUUUCGGUGGCGGCUUCUCUCAGCUGUUCGACCCGACACAGCUCAACACCCCUUCCGGCUCAGGUGAUGGAUUCGCUGUACUUCGGCAAGAACCGGCUCCGCUCCUCCAGGCUCACGCCAUCUUGCCCAAGAAUCAUGUCACUGCCACUCAGGCGGAAAGGGAUGAGGAGCUGCUGGCGAGGGAGAUGGAGGAGGCGAUGAUGCCUGUUGAGCGCCCUCGGACUCAGCCGGCAAAGCGGUAUCUGAACGAUGCUGGCUUCUUCACCCAGACCAAGCCUUCCUCCCAAUUCCCAACUCAAGCUCGGCUCCAGCUCGCUGGCUCAUCCAGUAUGAGCAUCCUCUCCGGCCUCGGUCUCGACCCCAGCGAUGCAGAGGAUGAAGCUGGCAGCGAAGCUCCGGACGCCGCGGAUGAGUCUGGCAUUGACGAGCCCCUGCCGAACCCCUCCUCUCCACUUCGCCGUCUCCGCCGUCGAGCGUCAGAUGACGUGCCAGACGAGUCCUUUACUUUGGAACCCACGCAGCGCAGCACUCCACCCGCCCCGAAAGAAAACGCUUUCACGCGCCUCAUGGAAACCCGCCGUCAAUCCCCGAGACCGAAAUCAAAGCCUGUCAAGUCUAUGCUGGUCGAGGAGCAGGCGGAGGAGAGUGACGAAGAUGACGGAUGGGGAGGUAAACUUGCGGGAGGGCCAGAGGAGGAUGAAGGGGAGAAUGAGAACGGUUACGUCGAGGGAUUGGUGGAUGAUCAAGCUGUCGAUGAGGAGACUCGGAGGAAGCAAGAUGCUUUGGCAGAGGAGAAGAGACGGGAGGUCGAGAAGGCGGAUGACGCGAAGAGGGAAGCAGCGGCCCGAGGUGUCACCGAGGGAAAGCACAGGACUCGCCGGCGGCAUGGCAAGGACUUUAUCUCUGACGAUGAGGCGGAUGAGGAGGGCGGGCGAAGGCAUCUGAGCAAGAAGGCAAGACGAGCUAGGCGGAUGGAGCUGCGUGAAGACGGUGUGGCAGUACUGCCUGGAGAGCAGAACGCCUUCGUCAGGGGGUACGUUGAAGGACUCGACUCGGAGCCCGACGACGAGCUGGACGAGAAGGACGAAACGCCCGCCUACCGCUCGCCCGAGCCGGCCAGGUCGUACAAGGAGAAGAAAGAGAUGCUGCAGAGGGCCGGUGGCGCUCGGCGCAGGGCUGAGCAGAGCGAUGAGGAAGAGGACGAGCUUGACGUAUCUGCAAAGUCUGGCUCGCGCAAGUUCUACUCGUUCGACGACGACGUUAUCGACGUCGACAAGCCAGAAUCCGCGUUCACUAUCAGCCGCCCCAUCCGUAAGACUGCCUCUACUGUCCUGGACGAGGACUCGCAAUAUGGCCCGUCCGCAAAUCGCCGAUCCCAGGCCGAGGCCGCUCUGAUCUUUGCAGCCGAGUCCGCGACGGAACGGCGGGGCGUCGGCAUCGGACAGAAGAUGUCAGUUGUCAAUCACGCUAUACCUGCGUCAAAGUUAAGCAAGGGGGAUCAGAAGUAUGGGGCGCGCAAGUCUGGCGGAGGCCCAAGGGCAGGUGGUCCAAAUACGGCGAAAUUAUUGGGAUCCAAGACGGCUUCGUUUGCAAAGUAG